ACUCCAUCGCAAGCGUAAUUUUUCAUCUUUUUUCCUUGGCUACAAAUUCCAUGCGAUCAUCAAUUGCCCAGAAAAACCUCUCUCCGAAAACCCUAGGAAUUCUCGAUCUUCAAUCUCUGUAGAUACACGAUUUCCUCUGUCUAUCCUGUUCAAAUUUUUGGUCUAUUUCCCCAAAUUAAUCGGAUUUCAGCCCUCCGAUCCUCAGGUUAUCCAUUUUUCACUUGAGUUCUCGCGUACGCUCUAUCGGUCACUCGACUAUCGGAGUGGUUGAAUCGGUGGAGUAAUUAAUUGAGCGGCUUUCUUAUCGAAUCGGGCAAUGAUCGCAUUUGGUUGAUCUUUAAAACAUGAAGUUGAAGCGGAGAAGGGCGCUUGAAGUGCCUUUGAAGAUUAAAUCCUUUAUCAACAAUGUGACUGCUACACCCCUUGAGAAAAUAGAGGAACCGCUUAAAAGUUUUUCUUGGGAAUUUGACAAGGGGGAUUUCCAUCAUUGGGUCGACUUGUUUAAUCACUUCGACACCUUUUUUGAGAAAUUCAUUAAACCAAGGAAGGAUUUGCAACUUGAGGAGAACUUUUUAGAAUCAGAUCCACCUUUUCCACGGGAUUCCGUUCUUCAGAUUCUCCGUGUCAUAAGAGUGAUAUUAGAAAACUGCACUAAUAAGCAUUUCUACAGCUCUUAUGAGCAUCACUUGUCAUCUCUUCUUGCUUCCACCGAUGCAGAUGUCGUGGAGGCUUGUCUGCAGACUUUGGCUGCAUUUCUAAAAAAAUCCAUUGGAAAGUAUAUAAUAAGGGAUGUUUCACUAAAUUCAAGAUUAUUUUCCUUUGCUCAGGGAUGGGGGGGUAAAGAAGAAGGUCUUGGAUUGAUUCCAUGUGCUUUACAGGAUAUAUCUGACCCUAUUGCUCUUGAGUUGGGUAGCACUCUGCAUUUUGAAUUUUAUUCUGUGAAUGAAGAUGCGUCAGUUGAACCUACUUCUACAGAACAGAAAACAAGGGGUUUACAAGUUAUACACAUGCCUGAUGUGAAUGCAAGCAAAGAGUCUAAUCUUGAACUUCUGAAUAAAUUAGUUGUAGAUUAUAAAGUUCCCCAUAACUUGAGAUUUUCUCUUUUGACAAGGUUGAGGUUUGCUAGGGCUUUCAGCUCCCUGGAAGCAAGGCAGCAAUAUACUUGUAUCCGCCUCUAUGCCUUUGUGGUUCUUGUUCAAGCAUGCAGUGAUACUGAUGACCUUGUUUCUUUCUUCAAUGCUGAGCCAGAGUUCAUCAAUGAAUUGGUUACUAUGUUAAGCUAUGAAGAUGCAGUUCCAGAAAAGAUUCGAAUUUUAAGUCUUCUUUCCCUGGUUGCUCUUUGUCAAGAUAGGUCACGUCAGCCCACUGUACUGACAGCUGUUACAUCUGGUGGACAUCGUGGCAUUCUCUCCAGCCUUAUGCAAAAGGCAAUUGGCUCAGUUGUAAAUAAUUCAUCGAAGUGGUCUGUUGUUUUUGCUGAGGCUCUGUUGUCUCUAGUUACAGUUUUGGUAUCAUCAUCAUCAGGUUGCUCAGCCAUGCGUGAAGCUGGAUUUAUCCCCACUCUUCUACCUCUAUUAAAAGAUACUGACCCUCAGCACUUGCAUUUGGUUAGCACAGCUGUACAUGUUUUGGAAGCCUUCAUGGAUUACAGCAAUCCAGCUGCUGCUCUUUUUCGGGACUUGGGAGGCCUUGAUGAUACCAUUUCACGCCUAAUGGUAGAAGUAUCUCAUGUUGAAAAUGGUAUAAAGCAACAAAGUACUUCUGGAGAUCUUGAAAGUUCGGAGUAUGGUGGUUCUGAGAUAGGUACAAGUGCUUCUGCUGAGCUUGAUAGUCUGCAGCCUCUUUACUCCGAGGCACUGGUUUCCUAUCACCGCCGGCUGUUGAUGAAAGCCUUAUUGCGUGCUAUAUCACUUGGAACUUAUGCUCCUGGAACAACAGCUCGUAUGUAUGGUACCGAAGAGAGCUUGUUGCCACAUUGCUUGUGUAUAAUAUUCAAACGGGCUAAAGAUUUUGGUGGGGGUGUAUUUUCACUUGCAGCUACUGUAAUGAGUGAUGUAAUUCACAAAGAUCCUACCUGUUUUUCUAUCCUAGAAGCAGCAGGUCUUCCUUCUGCCUUUAUGGAUGCCAUAAUGGAUGGUGUUCUUUGCUCGGCUGAGGCUAUUACUUGCAUACCACAGUGUCUUGAUGCAUUGUGUUUGAACAACAACGGUCUUCAGGCUGUGAAAGACCGCAAUGCUCUGAGGUGCUUCGUAAGAGUCUUCACUUCCAAACAGUACCUGCGAGCUCUCGCUGCUGAUACAUCUGGUUCCUUAUCAAGUGGCCUGGAUGAACUCAUGCGACAUGCUUCCUCUUUGCGGGGACCGGGUGUAGACAUGCUGAUUGAGGUAUUGACAAAAAUUGCUAAAAUAGGAUCUGGACUUGACUCGGCAUCUCCAUCUUCGGAAUGCCCAAGCAGCUCUCAACCUGUUCCAAUGGAAACAGAACCUGAUAACAAAGAUGUGGUUUCUUCUGAUGACAGAGAUCCAUCCAAGCCUGGAAGUUCUGAGCCAUUUUCAGACUCGGCCCCUGAUUCAUCAUUAUCAAAUAUUGAAUCAUUUUUGCCUGAUUGUAUAAGCAAUGCUGCUCGUCUUCUAGAAACAAUUCUUCAGAAUUCUGAUACUUGCCGUAUAUUCGUUGAGAAGAAGGGAAUUGAAUGUGUCCUGGAAUUGUUUUCUUUACCUCUGUUGCCUCCUUCAGUAUCUCUCGGUCAAAGUGUAGCUGUUGCUUUUAAAAAUUUCUCUGCUCAACAUUCUGCUUCACUUGCUCGUGCAGUAUGUUCUUUCCUAAGGGAACAUUUGAAGUCAACAGAUGAACUUUUGAGUUCAAUUAAGGGAUCCCACCUUGCUCAGGUGGAAGUUUCUCAGAGAGUAAAGAUCUUGAAGAGCCUCUCUACUUUGGAAGGAAUCUUAUCUCUUUCCAAUUCUUUGUUAAAAGGAGCAACCACCAUUGUUUCUGAACUAGGUUCUGCAGAUGCAGAUGUAUUGAAAGACCUUGGGAAAGCUUAUAGGGAAGUUCUGUGGCAAGUAUCUCUAUGCUGUGAGUUGAAGGUGGAGGAGAAACGAAAUGUCGAAGUGGAGCCUGAAAAUGCAGAUACUGGCCCAUCUAAUGUCGCUGGAAGGGAGAGUGAUGAUGAUGCUAAUAUUCCAUCUAUUAGAUACAUGAAUCCUGUGUCAAUCAGAAAUAGUUCUCACCCACAGUGGGGAGUCGAACGUGACUUCAUAUCUGUGGUCCGCUCAAGUGAGGUUUUCAGUCGCCGCACUCGACAUGGUAUUGCCCGUCUUCGUGGUGGUAGGACCGGUAGGCAGUUGGAAGCCUUACAAAUUGAUCCUGAAGCUGGAGCGAGUAGUACCGAGGCUCAGCCCCAUGGAACUAAGAAGAGAAGUCCAGAAGUACUGGUCUCAGAUAACCUUAAUAAGCUUGCUUCAACAAUGCGAUCUUUCUUCACAGCACUUGUGAAAGCUUUUACUUUACCAAAUCGUCGGAGGACUGAAACUGGAUCCUUAAGUUCUGCUUCAAAGAGUAUUGGAACAGCCCUAGCGAAAGUUUUUCUUGAGGCACUGGGUUUUCCAGAUCCCAACUCAGGGGUUGAUAUCUCAUUGUCUGUCAAGUGUCGCUAUCUUGGAAAGGUUGUUGAUGACAUGGUUGCUCUCACAUUUGAUAGCAGGCGGCGAACUUGUUACACUGCAAUGAUUAACAAAUUUUAUGUCCAUGGUACCUUCAAGGAGCUUCUUACAACAUUUGAUGCAACCAGUCAGCUGUUGUGGAAUGUUCCUUAUGCAAUUUCCACAUCAGCUGCGGAGCAUGAGAAGAGUGGUGAUGGGAGCAAACUUUCUCAGAGUUCGUGGCUCCUUGAUACGUUGCAGAGUUAUUGUCGAGAGCUUGAGUAUUUUGUAAAUUCUGGGCUUCUAUUGUCUUCAACAUCAGCAUCCCAGGCGCAGCUUCUUGUUCAGCCUGUUGCGGUUGGUCUAUCCAUUGGGCUGUUCCCUGUUCCCAGGGACCCAGAAGCCUUUGUUCGCAUGUUGCAGUCACAAGUUCUGGAUGUGAUACUUCCUGUCUGGAACCACCCAAUGUUUCCCAAUUGUAGUCCUGGUUUCAUCACCUCCAUCAUUUCUCUAAUCACUCAUGUAUACAAUGGUGUUAGUGAUGCAAAACAAAAUCGCAAUGGAUUACCUGGAACAGCGAGCCAACGGUUCAUGCCGCCUCCACCAGAUGAGGCUACAAUUGCUACUAUUGUUGAAAUGGGGUUUUCCAGAGCAAGGGCUGAGGAGGCACUUAGACGAGUGGAAACAAAUAGUGUUGAGAUGGCAAUGGAAUGGUUGUUUAGUCAUGCUGAAGAUCCUGUGCAAGAGGAUGAUGAGCUAGCUCGUGCCCUGGCCUUAUCCCUAGGAAAUUCUGCAGAAACGCAUAAAGUUGACGGGGCUGAUAAGUCCUCUGAUGCUUCGGCUGAAGAGGGACAGGCAAAACCCCCUCCAGUGGAUUAUAUCCUUUCUGUGGCAAUGAAAUUAUUUCAAGGUUGUGAUUCAAUGGCAUUCCCCUUGACAGAUUUACUGGGGACUCUUUGUAGUAGGAGCAAGGGGGAAGAUCGCUCAAAAGUCAUUUCUUAUAUUGUUCAGCAGCUAAAGCUUUGCCCACUUGACUUCUCCAAGGAUAGCUGUGCAUUGGGUAUGAUUUCACAUACUUUGGCAUUACUUCUUUCAGAAGAUGGAAGUACCCGGGAAAUUGCAGCACAAAAUGGGAUUGUCUCAAUCGCUGUAGAUAUCUUGAUUAAUUUUAUGGAGAGGACAGAGGUGCCCCAAGAGCUUCUUGUCCCCAAAUGCAUCAGUGCAUUACUUCUUAUCUUGGAUGAUUUGGUGCAGUCUAGGCCUAAGAUAUCUGGGGAUACUGAUGAGGCAACAGUUCCUGGAGCUUUAUCUGGCUUGUCAGGAAAUCAAGCACCAUCUGAAGCAAUAAAAGAGAAUUCAUUACCUGCUGAUGAAUGUAAAGAUGAAUCUGCUAAGGAUAGCCCUGCCUUUGAAAAACUUCUUGGAAAGCCAACGGGUUACUUGACAAUGGAGGAGAGUCAUAAAGUACUUGGAAUUGCUUGUGACCUGAUAAAAAGACAUGUACCCCCAAUUAUUAUGCAGGCCGUACUUCAGUUAUGUGCUCGCCUGACAAAAUCACAUGCUCUGGCUGUACAAUUUCUUGAAAGUGGUGGUAUGAUUGCCCUCUUUAGCCUUCCAAGAAGUUGUUUUUUUCCUGGGUAUGACACCUUAGCAUCUGCUAUUGUUAGACAUCUUCUAGAGGAUCCUCAGACACUGCAAACAGCUAUGGAAUUGGAGAUACGCCAAACACUUAGUGGAAGCAGACAUGGAGGGCGUAUAUUGGCUAGAACAUUUUUGACAUCUAUGGCACCUGUUAUAUCCAGAGAUCCAGAGAUUUUUAUGAGAGCAGUGGCUGCUGUCUGUCAGUUGGAAACAUCAGGAGGGAGGUGCAUUAUAGUGCUAUCUAAAGAUAAAGACAAAGAUAAAGAGAAAAAAGCUUCCAGUUUUGACACUGGAGUAUCUACUAAUGAAUGCAUUAGACUAACUGAAAAUAAGGUUGAUGGGUCUAUUAAGUCUUCCAAAGCCCACAAAAAGGUAUCAGCAAAUCUUACUCAAGUCAUUGAUCACCUACUUGAGAUUGUGUCAACUUAUCCUCCAUACCAUGGUGAUGAUGACUGGGGUGGGCAUGCUAGUGCUAUGGAUAUAGAUGAACCAGCUAACAAAGUGAAGGGUAAAUUGAAGGUUAAUGAAACAGUAAAGAUUGGAACAGACAGUCAGUCAGAGAAAUCAGCUGCUCUUGCUAAAGUGACUUUUGUUCUGAAGCUAUUGAGCGAUAUUAUGCUUAUGUAUGUUCACGUUGUCGGAGUAAUCUUGAAACGAGAUCUGGAAAUGUGCCAACAACGUGGGGCUAGUCAUAUCGAAUGUCCUGGACAGGGGGGCAUAGUUCAUCAUGUUUUACAUCGUCUUCUUCCCUUGGCGAUAGAUAAGUCUGCUGGCCCUGAUGAAUGGAGAGACAAGCUCUCUGAAAAAGCUUCAUGGUUUUUGGUUGUAUUGGCUGGCCGCUCUAGUGAGGGAAGGAGAAGGGUAGUGAAUGAACUUGUAAAAGCUUUGUCUUUAUUCACAAAUGUUGAGAGCAAUUCUUCUAGUAGCAGCUUGUUACCUGAUAAGAAAGUGUUUGCUUUUGUUGAUUUGGUCUACUCCAUUCUGUCAAAGAAUUCUUCGGCUGCCAGCCUUCCUGGUUCUGGGUGUUCUCCUGACAUUGCCAAAAGCAUGAUAGAUGGUGGGAUUGUGCAUUGCCUCUCGGGCAUUCUUCAGGUAAAUGACUUGGACCACCCUGAUGCACCGAAAGUUGUGAAUCUCAUACUCAAGUCUCUGGAAAGCUUGACAAGGGCUGCAAAUGCUAGUGAACAAAUCUCUAGGGCUGAUACACUGAGUAGGAAAAAGGUAAAUGGUCCAAAUGGAAGGUCCGAUUCACAGGGUGUUGGAGCUACAGCUUCUCAACAAUUACAAUCUUCUGCUGAAAAUAGAAGUUCUGAACAAGGGCUUAGUGGGAAUGCUAGUUCUGAAGCUGUGCUCCCAGAUAAUUCUCGGGAUAAUGGUGAUCAAAAUGCAAACCCAAACCAGUCGGAGGAACAAGAGAUGAGGAUUGAGGAUCCAACUACUGACACACCUUUGGAUCUUGGGGAUGAUUAUAUGCGUGAGGAUAUGGAGGAAAGUGGUGCAUUACCCAAUGGAGAGCAAAUUGAGAUGUCUUUUCAUGUAGAAAAUAGAGGAGAUGAUGAUAUGAAUGAAGAAGAAGAUGACAUGGGUGAUGAUGGUGAGGAUGAUGAUGACGGAGAGGAUGAGGAUGAAGAUAUAGCAGAAGAUGGCACUGGAUUGAUGUCCUUGGCUGAUACAGAUGUGGAGGACCAUGAUGAUACUGGCUUGGGUGAUGACUAUAAUGAUAUGGUUGAUGAUGAGGAUGAUGAUUUCCAUGAAAACCGUGUAAUUGAGGUUAGGUGGAGGGAAGCCCUUGAUGGGUUAGAUCAUUUGCAGGUCCUUGGACAACCUGGAGCAGGGGGAGGCCUAAUUGAUGUGUCAGCUGAAGCUUUUGAAGGCGUUAAUGUUGAUGACUUCUUUGGAAUCCGUAGGUCUUUUGGAUUUGAGCGCCGUCGUCAGGCAAAUAGAACAUCCUAUGAGCGGUCAGUUACAGAAGGCAAUGGUCUUCAACAUCCUCUGCUUUCAAGGCCAUCAAAUUCCGGUGAUUUGUUUUCAAUGUGGUCAUCUGCUGGGAAUUCAUCCCGGGAUGCUGAAGGCCUUUCUGCUGGUAACCUUGAUCUAGCCCAUUUUUAUAUGUUUGAUGCUCCUGUUCUUCCUUAUGACAAUGCACCAACUAAUCUAUUUGGUGAUCGGCUGGGUGGUUCUGCACCACCUCAACUAGCUGACUUUUCUGUUGGUUUAGAGUCCUUGCGCGGAUCGGGCCGAAGAGGGCCAGGUGAUGGCCGCUGGACUGAUGAUGGCCAACCCCAAGGUGGUGGUCAAGCUGCAGCAAUUGCUCAAGCAGUUGAAGAGCAGUUCAUUUCGCAAUUAAGCAACACUGGUCCUGCUGAAAGUGCUUCUGAACGGCUUUCACAGAACCAAGUAUUACCAGAAAGGCAGGAAGAUGAUCCAGUUGUGGCCACUGAUAAUCAACUGGCAAUAGAGGAAGUAAACCCAGAUAUUGUUGCUGAACCAGCUGGUUAUCGUCAUCAAGCGAUUGAAGUUCAGCCAAGUGACAUUGGUAUGGAUAUCAUGGAAACUGGGGAUGGAAAUGCUAUUGGAACAGAGCCACUGGAGACACCUUCUGGUUCUGUGGCUCAGGAUGCUGUGCCCUUUGAUAGGAUUUCAAGUGGUGUUGUGCCAUCUCAGGCUGAGGAUUUUGAUAGAUCCCCAGGACCAGAUAGCCAGUCUAGUUGUCAUGCAAUAUUGGUCGGUGAGCCCGAUAUGGCUGGUCCAGGCAGUCAUGCUUCCUCUGUUCCAGAAAGUGCAGAUGUCGAUAUGAAUGCUACUGAUGUGGAAAGAGAUCAGGUGGAUUCAGGAUUACCUCCAUCUGGGGCCAGUCUAGACGAACCAUCAACUCAGCUGGUGGCUCAAGAUGCAGGCCAGACAGAUGAAGCUAGUUUGAACGGUGAGGCUUCUAAUGCUAAUGCCAUAGAUCCGACAUUCUUGGAAGCACUUCCAGAAGAUCUUCGUGCAGAGGUUCUUGCUUCUCAGCAAGCUCAGUCUGCUCCAGCACCUACAUACGCACCUCCAAGAGUUGAAGACAUUGAUCCAGAGUUUUUAGCUGCGCUUCCUCCGGAUAUUCAAGCUGAAGUUCUUGCACAACAACGGGCACAAAGGAUUGCACAGCAAUCAGAAGGACAACCAGUUGACAUGGACAAUGCUUCAAUUAUUGCCACUUUUCCAGCUGAUCUGCGUGAAGAGGUUCUUUUGACAUCUUCAGAGGCUUUAUUAUCUGCAUUGCCAUCUCCAUUACUUGCUGAAGCACAAAUGCUUAGAGACAGAGCAAUGAGCCACUACCAUGCUCGCAGCUUGUUUGGAAGUAGCCAGAGAUUGAACACUAGGGGAAACAGGUUUGGUUUUGAUAGGCAAACAGUUAUGGACAGGGGUGUCGGAGUAAAUAUUGGAAGGAGGGCAUCUUCAGUAUCUGAGAACUUGAAGUUGAAUGAACUUGAGGGAGAACCACUUUUGGAUGCUAAUGGCUUGAAAGCAUUAAUUCGUCUAUUACGGCUGGCACAGCCUCUUGGGAAGGGUCUACUGCAGAGACUUUUAUUGAACUUGUGCUCACACAAUGACACAAGAGCAAUACUUGUUCGACUUCUUCUUGACAUGAUAAAGCCUGAGACAGUGAGCAUCAUGGGUGCAGUGACUUCAAUGAAUACACAGAGGCUCUAUGGUUGUCAGUCUGAUGUUGUUUAUGGUCGAUCUCAAUUAUGUGAUGGUGUUCCUCCACUUGUGUUGCGAAGGGUACUUGAGAUUCUAACAUAUCUGGCUACAAAUCAUUCUGGUGUGGCCAGUCUUCUUUUCCACUUUGAGAGCUCAACUAUUCCUGAUUUUGCACAUACGAACCAGUCAGAGGGGAAGAAUGCAAAAGGCAAGGAAAAAAUCACUGCUGGAGAGCAUCAUGUCUACGUUUCUGAAAGCUCAGAGAACAAGGAUGUCCCUUUGAUAUUACUUCUGAGACUCUUAAGUGAACCACUGUUCUUACGCAGUAUUGCGCACCUUGAGCAGGUCAUGGGUCUACUCCAAGUGGUGGUGUAUGCUGCUGCAUCCAAAGUAGAUAUUCAAAUUAAUACUGAAGAAACUGCACCUCCAGCUGAAAACCCUCCUGGAAAUGAAACCACCACUGAAACUCGCACAGACUCUCAUGUAUCACUAGUGGAAUCUAGUCAACUUGACCAAAGCGCCAGUGCUUCCAAAUCAGAUGGCCAGAGAAGUAUUAGGACUUAUGAUAUUUUCCUACUGUUGCCUCAUUCAGAUCUGCAAAAUCUCUGUGCUCUUCUUGGGCAUGAAGGGCUUUCAGACAAAGUUUACACACUCGCUGGUGAUGUGCUGAGGAAAUUGGCCUCUGUAGCUGCUGCUCAUCGCAAAUUUUUUGUUGUGGAGCUCUCGGAGUUAGCUCAUAGAUUGAGCAGCUCGGCUGCAAAUGAACUUAUUACACUUAGAGAUACGCACAUGCUGGGUUUGAGUGCUGGGUCCAUGGCUGGGGCUGCUGUUCUUCGGGUUCUUCAGAUUCUCAGCUCGCUCACUUCUGUUGGUGAUGACAAUGACAGUGACAAGGCCAAAGAGAGGAAUGCCAGUGAUAAGGAAAGGGUGAAUGAUGAAGAACAGGAAGAACAUGCUACAAUGUGGAAGUUAAAUGUGGCUUUGGAGCCACUAUGGGAAGAACUAAGUGAGUGCAUUAGUUCAAUGGAAUCGGAGUUAAAUCAGACCUCCCAGUCUUCAGUUGCCUCAAACAUUAGCAUGGGUGACCAUAUACAGGGUUCUUCUUCAGCGUCUCCUCCUCUUCCGCCUGGAACUCAGAGACUCCUACCUUUCAUUGAGGGGUUUUUUGUUCUAUGUGAAAAAUUGCAGGCAAACAGUUCAAUAUUGCAGCAAGAUCAAUCCAAUGUGACUGCAAGAGAAGUGAAAGAGUCUGGUGGGAGUUCAGUUCCGUUAUCUAUUAAAAGUGUGGAUGCUUACAGGAUAUUUGAUGGAUCUGUCACAUUUGUGAGGUUUGCUGAGAAGCACCGACGCCUUCUUAAUGCUUUUGUGAGGCAGAAUCCUGGUUUAUUGGAAAAAUCACUCUCAAUGCUGCUCAAAGCUCCCAGGUUAAUUGAUUUUGACAACAAAAGAGCUUAUUUUCGAUCCAGGAUCCGGCAGCAGCAUGACCAACACCUCUCAGGACCUCUGCGUAUUAGUGUUAGACGGGCAUACAUUUUAGAGGAUUCGUAUAAUCAACUUCGAAUGCGACCAAAUCAAGAUCUUAAGGGAAGGUUGAAUGUUCAUUUUCAAGGUGAAGAGGGUAUUGAUGCCGGUGGCUUGACUAGGGAAUGGUAUCAGUUAUUAUCAAGGGUCAUCUUUGACAAAGGAGCUCUACUGUUUACUACAGUUGGAAAUAAUUCGACUUUUCAGCCAAAUCCUAAUUCUGUAUAUCAAACUGAACAUCUCUCUUAUUUCAGAUUUAUCGGCCGCGUGGUAGCUAAGGCACUCUUUGAUGGACAAUUGCUUGAUGUAUAUUUUACUCGGUCCUUCUACAAGCAUAUCCUCGGCGUGAAGGUGACAUAUCAUGAUAUUGAGGCUGUUGAUCCUGAUUAUUAUAAAAAUUUGAAAUGGAUGCUGGAGAAUGAUGUGAGUGACAUACCUGAUCUGACCUUUAGCAUGGACGCAGAUGAAGAAAAGCACAUCCUUUAUGAGAAAACAGAGGUUACCGAUUAUGAGCUCAAACCGGGAGGAAGGAAUAUCAGAGUGACAGAGGAGACGAAGCAUGAAUAUGUAGACCUCGUUGCUGAUCAUAUCUUGACCAAUGCCAUCCGCCCUCAAAUAAGUUCGUUCCUUGAUGGUUUCAAUGAAUUAGUACCACGAGAGCUUAUAUCAAUUUUCAAUGAUAAGGAGCUUGAAUUAUUAAUUAGUGGUCUGCCAGAGAUUGAUUUGGCUGAUCUGAAAGCGAAUACGGAGUAUACUGGUUACACAUCAGCAUCUAAUGUUGUUCAGUGGUUCUGGGAGGUUGUUGAGGCAUUCAACAAGGAAGAUAUGGCGAGAUUACUCCAAUUUGUAACAGGCACUUCGAAGGUUCCUUUGGAAGGGUUCAAGGCACUGCAAGGCAUAUCAGGUCCGCAGAAGUUUCAGAUUCACAAAGCAUAUGGAGCUCCUGAGAGACUUCCAUCUGCUCAUACCUGCUUCAACCAACUGGACCUUCCGGAGUACUCCUCAAAGGAACAGCUUCAAGAGCGUUUAUUGCUGGCAAUCCAUGAGGCUAGCGAAGGAUUUGGGUUUGGUUAAUUGAUGCAGUUCUAGCUAUCGGAUUCUCCACUGCAAUGUACAAUUAUGAAGUGCUGAGGCAGUCGCGUCGAGACUAGUAUGUAGGCGGUGAUGAAUGGCGCUUCACUUUCCGUAGUGGCGGAGCUGAUGAAAGAGAUAUAGAUGGGGGGAGGAGGGAACAGAAACACCUUUUUUUGCUCUCUAUGUGGGAUUGAAUCAUUCUUAGAUACUUAUAUAUUCUUCAUCUGCCUAUUGGCUGGCUCUACUCUAGCUUACUACAAUAACCACUUUUGCCAUUUAUUUACAAACAAUUGCUAGA